CGGAUGAGAGGUGCUGGCAGUUUAUCAUCUCCAGUAUCAUACUGUUGAAUGAUUUCCCAGAGUCUGUUGCCACCAUGAUGGACUUCCUUGCCGAGAAUAACCUGUGCGGCCAGGCCAUCCUGAGGAUCGUGUCCCGGGGAAACGCCAUCAUCGCUGAGCUUCUGCGCCUCUCUGACUUCAUCCCCCCUGUGUUCAGGCUUCGAGACAAGAGCGACCAGCAGAAAUAUGGAGACAUCAUCUGUGACUUCAGCUACUUCAAGGGUCAGGAGUACUACGAGAGCAAGCUCGAAGCCAAGCCAGAACUUCAGGACCUGGACGAGGAGUUCCGGGAAAACAACACCGAAAUAUUGUCUCGCUUUUAUCUGGCCUUUGAAGGUGUCCAUAAAUACAUUGUGGACUUAAUAAGGUUCCUGGAUGACCUUAAUGAAGGUGUCUACAUUCAGCAGACUCUGGAAACAGUCCUGCUCAACGAAGAUGGAAAACAGCUUUUGUGUGAAGCUCUGUAUCUGUACGGCGUCAUGCUGUUGGUUAUAGAUCAGAAAAUAGAAGGCGAAGUCAGAGAGAGGAUGCUGGUGUCCUAUUAUAGAUACAGUGCUGCUCGAUCCUCAGCAGACUCAAACCUGGAUGAUAUCUGUAAACUCUUAAGAAGCACCGGCUACUCCAGUAACCCUGGGGCUAAACGGCCCCCUAACUACCCCGAAAGCUACUUCCAGCGAGUCCCCAUCAGCGCCACCUUCAUCAGCAUGGUUAUAGGCCGCCUGCGCUCUGAUGACAUCUACAACCAGGUUUCUGCGUAUCCACUGCCGGAGCACCGGAGCACUGCACUGGCCACCCAAGCAGCCAUGCUGUACGUCUGCCUGUACUUCUCUCCCUCCAUCUUACAAACACAGCAGGCCAAGAUGAGAGAGAUUGUGGACAAAUACUUCCCUGAUAACUGGGUGAUCAGUAUAUACAUGGGCAUCACUGUGAACUUAGUGGAGGCGUGGGAGCCUUAUAAAGCAGCCAAGACUGCACUGAACUACACCCUGGAUUCAGCAAACAUCAGAGAGCAGUCGUCUCGCUACGCCUCCAGCGUGGAGAGCCUCCGACCGCAGGUGCAGCAGCUGCUGAAGGAGGGCUUCCUGAGGGAGGAGAUCGUCCUGGACAACAUCCCCAAACUGCUGAACUGCCUGCGUGACUGCAACGUCGCCAUCCGCUGGCUCAUGCUGCACACUGCAGAGUCAGUGUAUGAUCCGAACAACAAGAGACAGCGUCAGAUCAAGGAUCAAGCGAUCACUGACUCCAAAUACAACCCCAAGAUCUUGUUUCAGCUGCUCCUGGACACGGCUCAGUUUGAGUUCAUACUCAAAGAAAUGUUCAAGCAGAUGUUGGCUGAAAAGCAGCUGAAAUGGGAGUGCUAUAAGAAAGAGGGAUCGGAAAGGAUGACCGAACUGGCCGAGGUGUUUUCUGGGGUCAAGCCUCUCACCCGGGUGGAGAAAAAUGAAAACCUGCAGGCGUGGUUCAGGGAGAUCUCUAAACAGAUCGAGUCUCUGAACUAUGAAGACUCCACAGCAGCAGGGAGGAAGACGGUGCAGCUCAUUCAGGCGCUAGUAGAAGUGCAAGAGUUCCACCAGCUGGAGUCUAACCUGCAGGUGUGUCAGUUCCUGGCCGACACACGCAAGUUCCUGCAUCAGAUGAUUCGCACGAUCAACAUUAAAGAGGAGGUGCUGAUCACCAUGCAGAUCGUGGGGGAUUUAUCCUACGCCUGGCAACUUAUAGAUAGUUUCACAUCCAUCAUGCAGGAAAGUAUCAGAGCCAGCCCGUCCAUGGUCACCAAACUUCGAGCAACGUUUCUGAAGUUGGCCUCAGCUCUGGAUCUUCCCCUAAUGCGCAUCAAUCAGGGCAACAGUCCUGAUCUGCUCAGCGUGUCGCAGUUCUACUCUGGAGAGCUGGUGGCCUACGUCAGAAAGGUUCUGCAGAUCAUUCCAGAAAGCAUGUUCACCUCACUGGCCAAAAUCAUCAAGCUGCAGAUCCAUGACAUCAUGGAGGUUCCUACCCGGCUGGAUAAGGACAAGCUGAAGGACUACGCCCAGCUCGGGGCACGCUACGAGGUUGCCAAACUCACCCAUGCCAUUUCCAUCUUCACUGAGGAAAUUCUGAUGAUGAAAACGACACUUGUUGGAAUCAUUAAGGUGGAUCCCAAGCAGCUGCUGGAGGACGGAAUAAGGAAAGAGCUUGUUAAACGAGUUGCUUUUUCUCUACACAAAGGCCUCAUCUUUAACCCUAAAGCUAAACCCAGUGAGCUCAUGCCCAAGCUGAAGGAAAUGGCUGCCACCAUGGACGGCUUCUAUCGCUCCUUCGAGUACAUCCAGGACUACGUCAGCAUCUAUGGCCUGAAGAUCUGGCAGGAGGAGGUUUCCCGCAUCAUCAACUACAACGUGGAGCAGGAGUGCAACAGCUUCCUCAGGACCAAGAUCCAAGACUGGCAGAGCAUCUACCAAUCGACACACAUUCCCAUUCCCAAAUACCAACCAGUGGACGAGUCGGCCACUUUCAUUGGCCGUCUUUGUAGGGAGAUCUUGAGGAUCACUGAUCCAAAAACAACUUGUUAUAUACACCAGAUGAACACCUGGUAUGACAUGAAGACGCACCAGGAAGUGACCAAUAACAGGCUGUUCUCAGAGAUCCAGGACACUCUGGGCACGUUCGGCCUGAACGGACUCGACCGUCUCCUGUGCUUUAUGAUCGUCAAGGAACUACAGACUUUCCUGACUGUACUUCAGAAAAUCAUCCUCAAGGACAAAGCUGUGGUUGACGUCUUUAAAGCUCUGCUAAAUGCUGUGAACCCUGUGAAAGGCAUUGUGGCCACAGCAAGCAAAGUGUACGCGAACGCUGUAGCCAAAACACAGAAGAUCUGGCCAGCAUAUCUGGAGUCCAUUAUGAAGGUGGGUCAGAUGCAAAUCCUGAGGCUACAGAUAGCAAAUGAGUUGAACUACUCGUGCAAGUUUGACUCCAAACAUCUUGCAGCAGCUCUGGAGAAUCUGAACAAAUCUCUGCUCGCUGAUAUUGAAGCUCACUACCAGGACCCGAGCCUGCCGUACCCUAAAGAGGACAACACCCUGCUUUACGAGUUCACUGCCUAUCUAGAGGCAGCUGGAAUACACAACCCACUGAGCAAAAUCUACAUCACUACCAAGCGCCUGCCGUAUUUCCCCACUGUCAACUUCCUCUUCCUCAUCGCACAACUUCCCAAACUCCAGUACACUAAAAACCAAGGAAUGACCUGCCGGAGAGCGGCCGAUUCGGUCGACUGGGUUCCUCUCGUCCUGGGUUUACUGACGCUGCUCAAACAGUUUCACUCCAGAUACACCGAGCAGUUCCUGGCUCUCAUUGGCCAGUUCAUCCGCUCCAUCAUGGAGCAGUGCACCAGUCAAAAGAUCCCUGACAUGCCAGCUGAUGUGGUCGGAGCGCUGAUGUUUUUGGAGGACUACGUGCGCUAUACAAAGCUAUCCAGCAAGGUGGUGGAAGCGCACGUCCCAAAUUUCAUUUUCGAUGAAUUUAGAACCGUGUUGCAGUGACCCUUUUUGUCCACACGAGCACAUUUUGCCAACGACCCCAUUUUUGCCUUUUUCCUAAACAACUAACAAUUAGUUAGUUAUUAAACGUGUAAUUACCGUGUAACAUUUUCAUCUGUCAUUGUUUCUUUAUUUUCUUGUUCCAAUGCAGCUAUACUGAAUGUAGAGAUAAUUGUAAUAAGAAGUUGUAAAUAAAUGUUUCGCUGAAGACAUUUUGCAUGUGCACAUUACGAUUACUGUACAUAAUAGUCUAGAGCAGGGGUUCGAAUACUUUUUGUAGCCAGAGAUCCCUUUGAAUCCAACUAUUCAAAUAUUAGGCAAAUUAUUUAAUCGAUUACAGUAAUCAGUCCGUACAGGAUUUCGUGGAGGUUUUUUUUUUUUUUUUUUACGUGAUUGUCGCAGCUAAAAAUGCUUGAUUUUGUGGCGGCUUUUUUCAAAAUUUGCGAAUUUUUUUUGUUCUUUUUUUUUUUUGGUGAAAAACUACUUGAAUUAGAGAAAUUGCAACUGCACAAAAUAAUUUUGCACAAUCUUUUGCAGUGAUGUUUGUUGAUAAACGAGACCUUUUAGCUGUACUCAUGUUCGAUGCACGUGAAUCGAAGACGGCUCUGGCUGGAUGUGCGUUGUGAUGACGUCACAUGACACGUCUUGGCCCAAAUCUGCGGGAAACAAUUUUGCUCGAUUUUCGCAUUAAUUUCUGCAAUUGCAAAAUGGUGAACUCAUGGAGGGACUGAAUCAGGGGUGGCACCUUUACUCCAGAAGUACAUCUGUCAUUUGUCUAUAAAAACAUACAGACCUAACUGUCUAUUUUGCUAGUAGCACUAUACUGAGCCAGUCUCAUUAUAAUACAAUAACAGGGCACAACACACCUUUUAAUGAACAUCAGAGUAGUUUAUUUCAACCCCACAUGAUUAAUUUAGUAUUUUACUCCUCAGGCAGCUAAUAACAGCAAAAAUUUCAGCAAAAAAAAUUUGUUCACAGAUUUAGAUAGCACUAAUUCUGAAAUAUGUUUUCAAAAAUCAGACAUGUUCACAUUCUGCAAUAGACUGUUUGUCACUGUAGAAACUGUCUGUUUAGCUAAACAUUUAGACUUUUUCCAGAAAGUCUUUCUUACUUUAUUUGAAGAAUGUGAUUUGAGGAACGUCCCUGUAAUCGAUUUAGAAUACAGAAUACGUGCAUAUGUCGCUUAAAAUAUUGAAACGUUAGCGAUAAUGAUUCAGCACACAGUUAUUAAGCACCAGUGAGCACCAAUGCGCGGUUUACCAUUUAAUUUCUCAUAGGAGAUCUCCUUCAGGA